AUGGAGCUGACGACAGGCCAUGGAGAGCUCGAAGGCGGUGUGAAGCGUCAGCUAAAGCAGCGACACAUGGCUAUGAUUGCUAUCGGUGGCGCUAUCGGAACAGGUCUCUUUAUUGGGUCGGGCUCGGCCCUAGCCACGGGGGGCCCAGUAGGCCUCUGGCUCGGCUACUGUCUGAUGUCCACUAUGGUCUACGCUAUGAUGGUCGCUCUCGGCGAGGUCGCUACAUUGUUCCCCGUGGCUGGUGCUUUCACGCAUUACGGCUCACGCUUCGUUGACCCAGCGCUCGGGUUCGCAGUUGGCAUCAAUUAUUGGUACUCUUGGGCGAUCACGCUGCCGACCGAACUCGUGGCGGUGGCAAUCGUUAUCUCGUACUGGGACGCAUCCACCAACCCUGCAGUCUACAUCACCGUCUGUAUGGUCGCCAUCUGGAUUGUGAACGCUUUCGGCGCCAGGGCAUACGGAGAAAUGGAGUUCUGGUUUUCUCUCAUUAAGGUCAUCGCGAUUAUUGGCCUCAUCAUUCUCGGAAUCGUUCUUAUGUGCGGCGGUGGACCUAACCACGACCCAAUCGGCUUUAGGUACUGGCGUAACCCAGGGCCAUUUGCGAGUCAAACAAUCAACAACGGGGCUGGCGUCAUUGGUGGCCACUGGGGCCAGUUCCUCGCCUUCUGGAACGUCUUCGUCCAGGCCGCCUUCUCGUUCAUUGGCACUGAAAUCAUCGGAACAACGCUCGGUGAAGCUGAGAACCCCCGCAAAACUGUGCCCAAGGCGAUCCGUCGUGUUUUCUUCCGUCUCGUCAUUUUCUACGUUCUGGGCAUCUUCGUCAUCUCGGUCCUCGUUCCUUACGACGAGCCGCGACUGCUGAACGGCAAGUCGAGCAAUGAUGCAAGCGCCUCGCCCUUCGUCAUCGCCAUCGAGAACGCGGGCAUCAAGGGUCUCCCAUCGGUUAUCAAUGCUGUCAUCCUCUCCGCCGCAUGGUCAGCUGGUAACUCGGACCUCUACGCCGCCAGCCGUACGCUAUACGCCCUCUCUCUCGAAGGCAUGGCGCCCAAGUUCUUCCGCAAGUGCACGCGUCGCGGCCUUCCAUACUGGGCGAUCAUUGCGACCGGCCUUUUCGGACCCCUCGCCUACCUCAACACGGGCGGCUCCAAGGCUGCCGAGGCUUUUGACUGGCUCUACAAUCUGAGCGCCAUUUCCGGCCUGCUGUGCUGGUGGGCCAUCCUCCUCUGCUACCUCCGCUACUACUACGGCCUGAAGAAGCAGGGCCUGUCGCGCGACUCGCCAUACCUCGCGCCCUGGCAGCCGUGGCUGUCGUGGUACGGCUUCAUCUGGUUCACGCUCAUCAUCAUCUUCUGCGGCUUCACCGUCUUCCUCAAGGGCAACUGGGACACGGCCUCGUUCUUCGCCUCGUACAUCACAGUUCUGAUCUUUGCCGUCGCCUAUUUCGGCUGGAAGAUUGUCAAGCGCACCAAGAUCGUCAAGCUCGAGGAAAUAGACUACAUCACGGGCCGCCGCCAGCUCGACGAGAUGGAGAAGUACGACAACGAGCGCUACAAGCCUGUCGGGCGUUGGGGCAGGAUUGCCUCUUGGCUGUUCUGA